CCGCCGACGUGGCCGCUGCCGCCGCCACCACCACUCCCCGCCUCGCCGCGCGCCCCCGUGACCUCCUCCUCGAUGAUCCCCCCGCCUAUUUAUACUCGUCUCGCCACCCGCACCAUCAUCAUCAGCAGCAGCAGCAACAGCAGCAGCAGAAAGAGUGAUCUAGCUAGCUCGCCUGAGUUCUUUGCUUCUCCAGAUCGAUCGUUUCGCGCGCGUCUCCGCGUUCAUCUGCUGUGUAAUUUGAGUUAUUAUUAGCAACAAUGGCGGUUGCUACCAUGGCGCUGAGCUCCUCCUUCGCCGCCGCCGCCGCUGGUAGCGCGCCAUGGCGUGGUGUCGUCGCCGCCGGCCGCGCCGCGGUUGGCUUCCCGCCUCGCCGUCGUGCUGCCGCGCUCGUCGUCAGGGCCCAGGCCGAGCCGGAGGUGGAGCCGACGAAGGAGGAGGCGGCGACGUCGUCGUCACCGACUCCGACUCCGAGCCCCGCGGCGGCGGCGCCCAGGGCGAAGCCGGCGGCGAGCACGGGGCUGUGGGACGUGCUGGCGUUCAGCGGGCCGGCGCCGGAGCGGAUCAACGGGCGGCUGGCGAUGGUGGGGUUCGUGUCGGCGCUCGCCGUGGAGGCGUCGCGCGGCGGCGGGCUCCUGGAGCAGGCCGGCAGCGGGGGCGGGCUCGCGUGGUUCGCCGCCACCGCCGCCGUGCUCUCCGCGGCGUCGCUGGUGCCGCUGCUCCGCGGCGAGAGCGCGGAGGCGAGGAGCGGCGGCGUGAUGAGCGCCGACGCUGAGCUCUGGAACGGCCGCUUCGCCAUGCUCGGCCUCGUCGCGCUCGCCUUCACCGAGUUCCUCACCGGCUCGCCGCUCGUCAACGUCUAAUUAAUCAAUUAAAUUAAAUUAAAUUAAUUAAGCUGCACUGUACACGUGUACGUACAAUACAUUCAUGUACUUGCGUAUGUACUGGGUAGCUAGCUAGGCCGGGUUGUGUGUGUGUAUACACUGUAGCAAGUAGCAAGCUUGAUAGUGCUUGGUGUACUACCUUGGAAUUUGAGAAGGGAUUCAAAAUUUGGAACUCUUGCAAAAAUUCUUGAGAAAUUUGGAUGUU